UAGCCAUUUGUAAAUUAUCCUCAUUGGACAUCCUCGUGUCUGUAAUAAUUGAACAGUUUUAUACAAGUUGAACAAAUGUAGUUCUCUUAAAGUAAAUAUAAGAUAAGUUGACAGCUUCUAACAGAUGAAAACACUUCAAUGACAGAGCCAAGAGAUAAUUGUCAACAUUAUAUAGAGGUAGAAUCUUUAAGAAAUGUAGAGACAAGGAAAUCAAGUAUAAGUGAAUUAAAUUAUUACUGGGAAGAUAUUACCAGAGAGGAAGCCAAUGAAAAAUUAUUGGAUGCUGUUGACGGAAGUUUUCUUGUUCGUGAUUCGUCAACUGAGGGAGAGUAUACUCUUGUCUUGAGGAAAAAUGGAACAAACAAGUGUAUUAAGAUAUUACAUCAAGAUGGAAAAUAUGGUUUUGUUGAACCAUGUACAUUUAAUAGUAUAUCAGAGAUUGUUGAUUAUUUUUCAAAGAAUUCUUUAGAACAGUAUAACCCAGCAUUAGAUAUUAAACUUCUAUAUCCCAUAUGGAACAACAAUGAUGAGCUAGCUGUAUCAUAUGAAGAUAUAGAAAGAUCCAUGCAUUAUUUAGUUGAAAUCAACACAUCACAUCUAGAUCUGGUUCAGUCAUUUGAAAGAGCUAAAACAAAACUUGACUAUGUGCAUGAGGAAAUGAAGAGAUCACAUUUAACAAUAUAUGCUUUAGAUGAGAUGCUGAGAAUGUUUCAAGAACAACAGAAAUUAAUAGAAUAUAAUCAAAAUAUGAUUAAAGCAGACGAUCUUGAAUGUAUAUCGAACAACAAUGUAAGAUUAGCGAGUCGCUUAAAUGAAAUAGAACAGAGUUUAAAAGAACAAUAUAUAGUUAUAAAAGACUAUACUAACCAGUAUCAUCAAUUAACAGCUGAUAUAUGUAAUAAAAAACUAGAAAUAAAGCGAUCAAAUCAACUCCGUAAUAAUAUUAGACGACGUGUAAUUAAUCUGGGUAUAUCAGAUAAUUAUGUUGAUGGAUUAUUAGAAGAAGAGAAGGAUGAAGAUAUCCCUCAUUAUGAUACACGGUUAUGGCUAUUACAGAAAGACAGAACAGAAGCUGAUAUUUUACUGGAAAAUAAACCACAUGGUAGUUUUUUAGUUCGACCUAAAGACACAAAUACUCCAUAUAUUCUGUCUGUCAAAUGUGUUGAUAACGUAAAACAUUGUAGAAUAUAUUUAAAUAAAAACAAGAAGACCUAUGGCUUUACGAAGGAAUUCUGUUUUUUCAAAACAUUGACUGAUUUGGUUAUUAAAUAUCGUCGUAUUUCACUGGUUACACACAAUGAACAUGUGGAUGUUAAUUUAAUCUACCCAGCUCUAUCUGUACAUUGAAAACAAGAAGCAAGAUCUGUCUGUGUUAUAUCUAUCUAUUUUUAUAGCCCACAUUUUCAUUUUGAUGUAUUAUGUCGUCGCCCCUGCACGUCUGUGUGUCCGUGCGUCCGUCUGUUCACGUUUGUUUUUGGACCGUCUACGGGUGACAAUUUUUAUUCGAUUUCGAAGAAACUUAAAAUAAUAAUGGGUUUAUAUCCCAAAGAUCUCGGUUCCUUUCGAUAAUGGCACGUAUCGGACCGUAACGUCAUAGAUUAUUGCCCCUGAGUUUUCGAAAAAUCGGUUGUUUUUUUUUUAGCUUGUAGAACCUUUAGAGAUUACAGUUUUAUCCGAUUUUCAUGAAACGUACAAUAUAUUGCCUCCCAAAGAUCUCGGUUCCUGUCAAUAUUUAUCCGAUUAUAAAGAAACGUAAAAUAUGAGUUUAUAUCCCAAAGAUCUCGGUUCCUUUCGAUAAUUGCACUUACCUAACCGUAACUUCAUGAAUUAUUGCCCCCGAUUGUUCGAAAAAUAGCGUUUUUAGCAAAUAGUGUAAAAGUGUGUAAUACCAAGGUUGUGGAUCCUCUAAGGGUCACAAUUGCUAUCCGAUUUUGACGAAACUUACAAAAUAUAUUUAUAUUCCAAAGAUCUCCGUUCCUGUCGAAAGUUACUACCUAAAACCUCGUGAACGCGGUAGGGGUUUCACUUUUUAACAGAUUUAUUCGAUGUGAAGCAUUGGAACAAAGAGAGGGUGAGCCCUAUUUCACAAUUCUCCGUCCAUCUAUUGCAAAAUGUGAGCGUAUCUCGCAUGACAACCGCUUGUAUAUUUUAUAAUUAACAUCUGAAUAUGUAGGAUAAUAAUCACCUUUAAUCUCAUUUUAAAUACACCUUAUAUCACUGCCAUUGCCAAAAACUUUAUUCCAAACUCUUUUUAACAUUAUAGUACAAAGUUAUCAUUUUGUUUAUGUUUAUGCCCCGAUAGUAAAUGAAUAUUACAAUUUUAAAGGAUAAAAUUAUAUAACAUUU